AGUCACACGCGCCGAACGAGCGAGGCGGAACCGGAAGAAAACAAGCGCUGGUCCAGUUUCACACUCGAGUCUGUAAAUGAGGAAGAUGGAAGAUUUAAUAUCAAUAAACUGCGUUAAACUUCUGAUUACCGCUUUGUUUUACACGUGUGUGAGCUGCAGUUCAGUGGAAAAGAAGAUCUAUGUUGAACUCAACGACACGGUUCCGUGUGUGCGACUCCUGAACGCCACACAUCAGAUCGGCUGCCAGUCGUCGAUGUCAGGAGACACAGGAGUUCUGCAUGUUCUGGAGAGCGAAGAAGAUCUGGACUGGAUCCUCAACACUGGACCUCAUCCUCCUUACAUGAUCGUCAUGGAGACGGCCUUCUUCAACAGGUUGGUCAUGUUGAGAAUGAAGAACUCGUCCAGAGUGUCUGGAGUCGCUGUGAUCGUCUCCAAAACAGGCCUUGCUGACAACUUCUCCCCUCACACACACUGCCCGAACCAGAACACAGGUGUGUAUUCUGCGGAUUACGGGCCUGAACUCGCCAACUGUAACAACACCGUCUGGAAUCCUCUCGGGAACGGACUCUCCUAUGAAGACUUCUCUUUCCCUGUGUUCGCUCUGAAAGAUGAGAAUCAGACUCAGGUCAUCCGGAAGUGUUACGAGGAUCAUAACCUGCGUGUGAACGGGAGCGCUCCUCAGUAUCCGCUCUGUGCGAUGCAGCUGUUCUCACACAUGCACGCCGUGACCGACACCGUGACGUGCAUGAGGCGCACGGACCUGCAGACCCGCUUCAGCAUCAACCCAGAGGUUCUGUGUGACCCCUUGAGUGAUUUCAACGUGUGGUGGUCGACCCGACCCCUGAACAACAGCGCCAAGGGUCACAAGGCCGACGAGAGCGUCGUCAUCGCAGCCACACGGGGUCCUCCUCAGUUCUACAUCGGUGUGGGUCCGCGCAACACCGGCCCCGUGCACAGCGUGACCCGCUUCGUCCAGUACAUCAUGGCCAACCUGACCGGCAGCGUCACCAACCUCACCGAGAGCCAGUGCCUGAACCCCGAGAGCAAGGACUUUUCCUCGUAUUUCUGGGUGUCGGGGCCGUUGGUGAACGGCAGCGGAGAGCCGUUCUGCGUGAAUGCGUCGGUGCGUCUGGCUAAAGCCGUGUCUCCGGCCUUCGACCUCAUGGAGUACGGCUCCCGGGAUUACUCCACAUGGACCGAGUCUCGCUGGAAGAGCAUCCGAGCGCGAGUCUUCCUCGUGGCCAGCCGAGAACUCGAGAUGUUAACACUAGGAGUGGGCGUGGCUGUGCUGCUGCUGUCUCUAUUGGUAACAUACUUCAUCAGCUCGAAGGCGGAGCUUCUGUUCAGCUCCGCCCGUGAAACGCCCACAACCACCUACUGAACAGAGUAUCAUACAUUCAAAGGCGGGGCUUCUUUUUAGCCCCACCCAUGAAACACCCACAACCACCUAGUGAACAGAAUAUCAUCGACUUGAAGGCGGAGCUUCUCUUUAGCCCUGCCCAUUAAACGCCCACAACCACCUAUUGAACAGAAUAUCAUCCACUCGAAGGCGGGCUUCUGUUCAGCUCCGCCCAUAACACGCCCACAACCACCUCCUGUUCCCUUUAGCACAGAAACACACUUCAGUUCAAGAGUAAUUUAUUUUUAGCCUGACAGGGUUGUGCCGCACUGGUUUUAACUGGGCUGAACUGGUCUGCUCUCCUGGAAAGUUGUUCAUAUUGUUUUGCUUUUUUUUAUUCCUGAUGAUUUUUUCUGAUUAUGACAUGGACGGGCACAAAAAAGCUGAUUUUAAAGUUGAGAAUAGUGUGUGUGUGUGUGUGUGUUGAGAUGAAUGCAGUGCGUUUGUGCAAUAGCUUACGGAGUUAAGUUCAAACUUAAUUUUGAUGUGAAUCUUUUUAUUUGGGAAUGUAAAGCGGACUGCGAUCUAUUCGUUGACGACUGUAAUUAAUCCCCAAACACAGACUGUCCAGUGAACCGCUCGUGAUGUUUCCACUGAGCUUCAGAAAACCGAAUUAACACUGACACGCAGCGUUUGUUUGUUGACUUUAAUUGAAUGAAAGCUGAUUGAUUAAUGAUGUCAUUAUUUUUCUCUAAGAAACUGAUGCCUUGAGAACCUGAAUAAACAUGACUUUCUUUUCCACA